GCGCCAUUAUAACCUUAUAACCUUACAACGUACACAGAACUAGAGCGGGCUAAUAGCCAAAGCCGAAGUUAGAGCAGAAGAAAUCGAUUUCCCAAAGCUUCUAGUCAGAAGUAGAAGAAUUUUUCUAUCAAGAAAGAAUGAAGGCAAGCAAAGCCAGUAGACACGCUUUGUUCCUCAUCUUACUCGUACUUGGACAGGAGUUUAGCGUUGCUUUUCGUGUUGCACCACAAAGCAAAUCACUGCAAAAAAGAGAAAUCAGAAAAAAUUCGCUUGAAGAACGAAGCCGUCAAAAACGGGCAUGGGGUUUUGUCCUACUGGCCGUUACAUUAGGGGUCUCAGCAGCAGGAGUUGGGUUUGAGAUCUACAACAAAGUCAAAGGCUGUUGCGGUACGUUUCCUGAUGCCUGCAAGUACGCGAGGGAAAUUGAGGCGUUCAGAAAGACUCUCGAUAACAAAACCAAUGAAGUAGAUAAACUUUUUCUAAGAGCAAAGAAUCUGAAAGAAGAUGUAAUCCAGGCUAAUUACCGGAUAAACGAGAUGUGGAUCGACCUGCUCGCUAUUGGGCGCUACCAAGAAGACAUUAUACAAAGCCUUACGCCAGAAACUGUCAAGAAAUUCAAUACCAAAUGGGCAGAGAUUGAGGAACAACUAAAGAAUGGCAACAGAACUGUUCAAGGCUGGUCGUAUGAACAAAUCGAUCUGCAGUAUAAAUCAUACCUGGACAGUGCAAGUACCGUCCUGGGAGGCAUGUCUGGUUUUAUAAGCAAUACCUUGAGUGCUGUUUAUACCGUGGCUAUGUAUUAUUACAAAGUUAAUACACUUAAUAAGAUGAUUAACCAGUUGGGUACUGGGAACUCGUACCGGUUAUUAGUAAACGCUCGUCACACAAAAGCCGCGAGGACCAUGGGACUGAAUGACGUUGGCCUGAACAAGUUCAUCAAGGAAACAGCGGUUGCUAAAUUCAACAGUAAAUUUGCGGUGAAAUAUACUUUCUUUUAUAAUGCCUACUACGUGGCGAGCUCAUUUCUAUCAAUAGGUUUUGAUAUAUGGCGUGCUGUGCAGUCGGUCCUCGCAUGCAAGGAAAAGAGAGACAAAACCAGAGAGUUAAGGGAUACAUGGCGGGUCGCUGACCAGGAGAUGGAUAAGAUAAAGAAAAAUGCCAUAGAAUACUACAACUUACUUAAAAACAAGGGUUGGGAGUACGUGGAAGGAAACUUAACUGAUGCAAACCUUAUCAAAAGCCUGGACAAGUUGAAAAACAUGGUUAACUCAUCCAGACCUCAAACAGAAAAUCUUAAAAAGGCCAAUACAAAAAUCGGGAAUUUCAUAUCACAGAUCAACACUUCAAUUGAUGAUUACGACGCGACCCAUAACCUUCAGGCCGGUCUAAUUGAAGGACUCAUGACUGUGAAAACUCUUCUAGCCUGCAGUGCAGCAAGAACCAAGUUCUUAUAUUACGCCUCUGAACAAUGCAAACAGGGACACAAGUCGCUACAGGCUAUUUAUGAAAGUGGGAAAACGAGUUUUCUAGUCAGUGGUGUCAACUGUGUGACAUCUGUUGGGAUACCAGAUGCUGUCACGUGGCAAGAGAUGGAGGAUAUGAUUGCUGCGAGGGCAACGAAGGAAAAGUACCAAAAGGAUUGUAUUUUGAAUAAUUCGGAUAAGAAGGAACAUGCCUGUUGGCUUAGGGGCCAAGGCUACGACAACAAGGUGAUAGAGAACAAGAUGGCACUUAACAUCGCUCAAGUAAAGUUUUUUACGACCAACUGUCCACAAACCUUGUCACCUGCACAAAUAUCACAGAUCUGCUUCUUUAGAAGCUUAGGGGUUUUUGAUGCAACUAUUCAGGCUAAAUUUUUCCCGCAUAUUAACCUCAGCAUUAUUCAAGCUGUGACAUGUCCUUAGUCGCAUCAAUUACAUUUAGUUACAUGACAUGGACGACCGUCCGAACUCCCGACUGACUGUCUGACCGACCCAGAAUGACUGAUUGACCGACCAAGAGGCAGACUGAAUGACUGAUUGACCGACCGAUCGAAUGAUUGACCGACCGACCGACCGACUGCCUGAAUGAAUGAAUAAGCCUGUCAUACAUUCAUCUAAUCGGUAAAUAAAUAAAUCAUUAAAUAACUGAAAAUCUACAAGAUGUACUCUAGUCAGAGUGAACUUACAAGUCGUUCAUUACGAACACCCUCACAUUAUCAACUAAUGAAUCAAAGACAAUUUCACAACAGAUGUUAUAAUAUCACGAGUAAAAUAAAAUGUGCUUCCUUUGU